UGCUUCUUCCACAGCCAUGGCUCAAUGACAACAGACGCAAGCUUCCCCGUCGCCAAUCGAAGAUCCUUCAAUUGUCUCCACGGAGAACCUGUAUCCCAAGCCUAGACGUCGACGACCCUGCCGAAAGUCCAUUGGAAGAAGUUCCGGGCUUCCUCGAAUCAGCUCAUACAAUGUCCCGUACAGCCAAGCUCACCUUUGCGGCGACGUCCCUUUUCACCAUCAGCACAGUCGCCAUCGUCCAUUGGCAACAGAAGAUGGAGAAUGAUGCAUGUCCCGUUCCUUUCUCCCUUGGCAUACCUACCCCUUCUCUUGAUUAUCCAACCCCGUCUUCUAUCUCCGAGGCAUCCACCGCUGACCAUAGGGGAUUCCCACCUUCGCUUGCAGGCUAUGCACCAAGGCGUCAUUCGCGACAUGGAGCAGCAGCGCAUCAAGCGCGAACGCCAGCUUGACUUCGAAAUGCAGCGCGCCCUCGAGGAGGAGUACAAGAAGGAGCAGACUGUUCGAGACACGACGGCGGCCGGGCCACAAAGGCCGGGCUUGGGGUCACAAGUAGGAUCAGCGUCACCAACAGAAACAUAACAUUCGGCCGUCCGUCCACCUACCUACCG